AUGACCAGGAACAAGCCCACCUGCUGCAGAGUUUGGCCAGCUGAGAUGGCCUCUGCCACACCUGACAAAGAGGAAGCUGCCAAGAACUCCCUGGAGGUGAAGGAAGAGGAGCAGCAGGAUGUAGUAAACCAGGUGGCUAACCUGACCUUGGCCAGCUCUGCCUGUGACAUGGUUUCUACAGCUUAUGCCUCCACCAAGGAGAGCCACCCCUACAUCAGGGCUGUGUGUGAUGCAGCAGAGAAAGGAGUGAGGAGUGUGACCGAAGCCACAGCCAGCUGUGUGCAGCCAGUUCUGACCUCCCUGGAGCCUCAUGUUGCUGCUGCCAGUGAGUAUGCCUCCAAGGGUCUGGAUAAACUAGGAGAAAAGCUCCCACUCCUUCAGAAGCCCAUGGACCAGAUCAUGGCUGACACGAAAGAGCUGGUGUCAUCCAGAGUGGCAGAUGCCAAGGAUGCUGUGAGCAGCAGAGUGACGGGGGUGAUGGAUGUGGCAAAGGAGACUCUGCAGAGCAGCCUGGGGGCUGCCAGGUCUGCAGUGACCAGCAGUGUGGGCAUGGACCCCAGAGUGAGCCAGAAGGAUGUGAGUGAAGCAGAAGAUGUGCUGGGGAGGACAGAAGAUGACACUCUUCCCAUUGGGAAUGAGGAACUAGCCAAACUGGCAGCAUCUGAGGAGGGUGCAGGCAUCAUGUCUGUGGAGCAGCAGCUGGAGAAGAGGCAGUACUUUGUGAGGCUGGGGUCUCUUGCUGAUGAGCUUUGCCUGCUUGCCUACCUGCACUCAACAAACAAAAUCAAACAGGUCUGGCAGGGCAUGCAGGAAGCCCUUGCACAGCUUCAGUGCAUCAUUGAACUGAUGGAAGUGUUUAAGCAAGGAUUUAAUCAAAAGCUUCAGGAAGGGCAGGAGAAACUACACCAGAUGUGGCUGGACUGGAGCAGGAAGUCUUCCAAAGAGAGUGGAGAUGAAAGUUCUGCAGAGCCAGAGGAGAUGGAGUCUCUGGCCCUGCUCAUGGCACACAGCAUCACACAGCAGCUGCAAGUCACCUGCUGCAAAAUAGUGUCUGCAAUCCAAGGCCUUCCCUCAAGUUUUCAGGAUAAGGUGGAACAAUCUCUUAGUACUAUAGAGGAGCUUCAUGCUUCUUUCUCAGCAGCAAACUCCUUCCAGGACUUGUCCAGCAGUGUCUUGACCCAGGGCCAGAGGAAGCUGGGUGUGAUCCAGGAGUAUAUGGAGGAGCUGCUGGAUUAUCUGAAGAACAAUGUCCCUCUGUCCUGGCUGGUGGGACCUUUCUCCCCAAGGGAGAAGGAGGUGGAAACCUCACAGGAGGAGGAACCCUUGCAGGAGAAGGAAGCAGAGACAGGAGGAGCUAAAGAUAACAAAGCUUCUGCCACCCUCAUGUGA